GAUUUAUUCGUUUAUGUGAUCAUUUUUCGAAAUGGCAACAUUUGCGUCACGUGAAUUGACGGAGGAAGAUGAUUCACAUCCAGGACCGUCGGAAAAAUCUGAAAAAGACGUACUGGGAAUUGUUCGAACCGGCCCAAAGAAAUUGAUUACUGGAGAGUCUUCGUCGCUGUUCAAGUUAAAAAAUGAAUUACUCAAACGAAAGGAUCGACUGAAUUCCGAAGUUCACAUAAAACAUACAGAAACUCAUGUAUCGGGAAAAUCAGUAGAAUUUGCUGAGUACAAAAAAAGAAGAAAAAGAGCGUCAAGCUCGUAAAGAUGAAAGCAGAAAACUGCGAAUCGAGAAAAACGAGCGAGCUGUUCGGCGAGAAGAAGACGAAGCUCGUUUAAUGGCAGCACAGCAGAAAUUACGCGAAAAAUCUGAGUUAUACGAUAGAAUGCAGGAGGGGAACGUUGUUUUAGCAAAUCUAGAUGAUACUCCCGUAGAGUUUCUAGUAGAUUUUGGCACAAAGAAGAGAAGAAUUGAAGAGGAGAGAGCGUGGGAACGCGAGAGAUACAGAGAACAAGAAGAAGCAGCGCCGAUUGGAUUUGGAAGAGCUCCAAUUCCAGAACAUUAUCACCAUAGUGAAGAACAACGUGUUUAUGGAACAUCACAUAUGCGGCUAUCACUUAAUGAAAAUAAACGAAAGGAAGAAAUUGAAAAACUUCUCGAAAUGUCGAAAAAGACAGAUAUGGAUAAGGCGAAGAAGAAGGAAACUGAGAAACAUAGAGAUAUUUUAAGAAGAGAAAAACUGAACAAAUUAAGAGCGAAACAUGGACUCGAACUUCUUCCUGAAAUAGUUGAACCAGUUGCUGUCCCUGCAUCACAAAUAGAUUUGAAUUCGAUUCCUUUGCCUGGACAGAAAGAGACACCGGAAGAAAGGCAUGCUCGUCUAAUGAAAUCUGAUCGUGAAUGGGAUCGAGGCAAAGGGCACUACACCACGUGGAUCGAAAAGCAACGGGAUGAACGAGACGAUGAGUUCCGUCCGCCUGACUCUUACUUCAGAUGAUUGUAUUAAAAAUGAGUGUAUAAUAAAAAUUUUAUAAGAAAUC